AUGUCAGGGAACAAAAAAUUGAACGGUGAAGUCAAAAAGACAGUAGGAAAAAGUAUGAUACCCAGAGGGUCCACGGCGUUAAAUCAAGGGGCUAAUGCAGACGGGGAUGCGGCAGCAGCAGAUGGAGGAGGAGGAGGAGGAGGAGGUUGGAGCGACGCCAACGUAAACUCGGCCGAGACGACGGCGGCGGACGAUAAGAGAGAGUCGAAAUCGUCGUCGAGCCUGGCCAAGGGCGCCGCCGCCAACAAGAGCCAACUGCCGUCGCUCGGUUACAACAUGGGCCACGGCAAUCAGAAGCGGGUCCUCGAGAACCAGUUCAACACGAAGAAGAAGCGCUACAUCACCAUCAAGCGCGACAUCGACGACAAGAAGAAGUCCUGGUUCGCCGUGUUCGAGGAGCUGCUGCAGCUGCGCGACAAGAUACUGGCGUGCGGCGCCAAGGACCCGGGCAAGCUCGAGGACCUGCUGCCGCCGCCGCUGCCCUGGAACCCCUCCGCUACCGGUGGGCGUUCGGAGUCGAACGAGCUCGAAGUAGCUCGAGCCAGGGCCCAGGACGAGCAGCUGCCACCUCAUGCCAGGUCCAAUGAUCAGCUCACGGGCCAGCUCAAGGCGAUCGCGAGCAACGUCACCGAGGCGGCUCUGGCCUUUUGCAACGAGGUACUGGACAAGCGAGCCGAGAUCUACUUUUGGCUGGCCAACAUGAAGUCGCCGAGCCAGGACGCCCUCAGCUUCGCCGAGGAGAUAUCGAACCAGCUGGAGGUGUACCAGACCGACAGCAACGCGUACGGCGAGCAGCUGGAGCGGAUCAGGGCCGAGCAGCAGGUGAAGCUCUCGGAGCUGCUGGGCCAGCUGGAGGCGCUGCUCGCGGAGCAGGCCAGCCUGAGGAAGGAGCGCGACGACUACAAGUACCGGGCCCAGGCCUCGGCCGAGGAGAUCGAGCAGCUGACCCGCGAGCUGCGCCAGGAGAAGGAGAAGGGCCUGAAGCUGCGGGGCCGGCUGCGCGAGCAGGAGGCCAGCGCCAGCAAGAGCGAGGAGAAGCUCGAGAAGACCAAGGAGCAGCUGCGCCAGCUCGAGCUCCAGCUGCAGGAGCGCCAGAACAGCAUGAAGAACAAGGUGAAGGAGCUGUCCAAGCUGGAGAAGAGCCGCGAGCUGGCUCUGGGCAGGGUCGACAAGCAGAAGGAGGCAGUCGAGCAGAGGCUGGCCAAGCUCAAGGAGGACUUUGAGUUCAAGGAGACCGAGGCCAAGACCAUCAUCUCCGAGUACAAGAAGCAGGUGGAGCAGCUCGAGGCCCAGAUAGCCACCGAGAAGACGUCGAGGCAGGAGAUCGACAAGAAUUUCGACGAGCUGAAGAAGCGAUACAACCAGCUGGAGGACAAGUGCAAGCAGCUCCUCGACUCCAACGACAUACGAUUGGACGAGAGGCAGCACUCGGACUACGAGAUCCAGCUGUUCAACGAGCUCAAGGAGGUCCAGCGCAGUCUCAUCGAGAAGGACCAGCUGAUUGAGAAGUUGCAAAACGAACGUCAGGAGAUCAUAUCCUCGGUCAAGGAGGUUCACGACGAGAAGAGCGGCGGCGAUUCGUCGAAGGAGCGACUGACCGCCGAGCUGCUGAAGCGCUCCAACGAGCUGCACAGCGUCAGCGGUCAGUUCCACCAGCUGCAGAAGAAUUACAAACGAGCGCAGACGCGAGUCGAGCAGCUGGAGAAGAGGCUGGCCGAGCUCGGCCGGCUGCAGAGCAAGCUCAAGGACAGCAGCAACAACAAGGCCCAGUACGAGGCGCAGCUGAUGCAGCUCCAGCAGCAGCUGAGCGACGCGUGCGUCGAGCGGGCCGAGCUCGAGGCGCGCAACCAGGAGCUCGAGCGCCAGUGCACCCAGCUGCAGAUGCAGCUCGAGCACCAGAAGCGCCAUCUGCGCGAUCUCAAGGUGCGCCGCGAGCUCCAGCAGCUGCUGCAUCCGAGCGGCGCCAGCGAGUCGGCGGCCGCCGUUCUCGGUGGCAACUCGUCGCACAAUUUCCACCACCAAAUCAACGCGAGUCAAAUCAAUCAUCAGGACUCGUGCGAGCAGAUAGAGCAGCUACGCGCCACUCUCGAGACCAAAGAGCUUCAAGUGGCCAAGCUCGAGAAGCUCGUCAAGCAGCUCGAGAAGCACGAGGAGUUCUCGCAAGCUCAGCGCACUCGACUCGAGGCGCGCAUCGCCAAGCUCGAGCUCGCGCUCAAGCAAGGACAGCAGCAGCACCGGUCAGUCUUACUAUCCUCAUCCAUCUUUUUCAUGGCUAAUUUGUACUUCAUCGUUUUGGCCUGA